AUGGACUUUAUCAGUGGCAUAAGUCUUAACAACGUGUUCGCCGAUGAUCAAUCCGGCCUGCUGAAAGAGAAUCUUCGUGACGACGACAUAGAGCGUGUCUAUAGACAAAUGGCCAGGUUCAUGUUGGAGCUCUUCCAAAUCAACUUCGACAAUAUUGGCAGCAUUCCAACGCUGCAAACCGGAUUUCCUGCGCCGAUACGUCCUUUGACAUGGAAAGCUCAUGGUAUUCUCCAUGAAGGGGGGGUCGAUGUAUUCGGCGAUCGGCAUAAAGGAUUCACCUCAGUCACCGAUUAUUUUCAUUAUCUUCUAUGUCAAGAUCACCAGCAGCUCAAAGACCAGCCAAAUUCAGCCCUUGGGUGGCAUAGCGCCUGUGAAGCACACGCAUCUCUGGAGGUCUUAAAGUCCUUAUUACCGGACCUCGUUGAGCCAAAUUAUAACUACGGCCCUUUCAAGCUUAUCUGCGAUGAUUUUGGCCUUGGAAACUUGAUUGUGAGGAGUCGCGAUGACCUAGCCGUUGUCGGGGUGGUGGACCUCGAGUGGGUAUACGCAGGUCCAGCACAGUUAUUUGCUUCGGGGCCAUGGUGGCUUCUAGGCGAUAGGCCAAUCAAUGAAGCAUGGGAUUUUUACAACGGAGAACCUCCUCAAGUUGCCAGCAGGUAUAUGAGGUAUCUCGAAAUCUUCACAUCGGUGCUUAAAGAAGAAGAGGUAAAGAUCCCAGGGCACGAAAAGAAGGAGCUCUCAACCCUCGUUGAAUGGUCCAAAACCAUGGGAGCCAUGUGGCUCCAUAUGAUACUAUCUGCGGGCUUUUUUGACUGUCAGUCGUUCCCAUGCGGUCAGUUGCAAAGACAUUACGGCUUGCGGUGGUGGCUGGAUUCCGUGAAAAAGUUUGAAAACCUAGAGGAGGCUAAAGUAAUUGCACAAGGCAAGGAGCUUGACUUAACCCGAUACGACAUGGAAGUCGACCAAAUUGAAGAGCUCAAAUCUCUAAUGGAUUGUGGGAAGCUGACGAGUGAGGAGUUUGCCGCUCGGACUCGGUUGAUUCUAGCGCUCAAGCCUGAUGAUUCGAAUGCCUGA